GGGCAAGAUUACAAAGCUAAUGACUUUAAAUGAAAGGUUACCUAGGUAUGAGGAAGCUCAAUAGAAACUAUUCAAAGCAAUCGUAUGACUGUACACUAACGGGGAAAUUCUGUGGAACUACUGACCAUGCCCAUGAAAAGUAAUUUGUGCUAUUUGUUUUGUACUUUUUACAAUUUAUAAGCUGCUUCGAGAAGAAACUCCUGAGGACCGUGUUUUUUCAUUUACCAUUUUUAUUGGAUUUGGAUUAGACUUUUGAAGAUGCAAACUCCAGAAGCCAGGAGAGGAGUACGGACUGUUGGUCAGCUUAAGACUCGAGUGGAGGAACUUAAAAAUCCGUGGAGACAAAGUUCACCUUUUGUUUUGAACUACAAUGAAUCUGCUCGCCUUGCCACUGAUGCCCUGCUGGAACAAGGAGAAAAUGGAUAUUUGCGGGUGCUCAGUGAAGAGAGAGAACUAUCUUUCCUGUCAAGUUUGGACAUAGAUUUCAUAUGCGGAAGUGUGAAUGCUAAUGCACCUUCCAAUGACUUUGUACUGUCUGAUAAAGACAAUGAUAGUGCCAAUUCUUCCUUCGGUGAUAACUGCCUUUCUGAGCUUACAUCUGGAACGUAUUUUCCGAUCAUGUCUGAUAUUGAUGUUCCAGCUCUGGAACUUGGUUGGCCUGAGAUUCCCCUGGCUACUAGAAGCAAAGGAACAGAGGUUCAAGUUAUUUUCCAAAGACACAGGUCUAAUGUUAUCAAGGAUUUAGUAAGAUCACUUAUAAAUAAGGCAAAAUCAGUAAGUAUGCAAUUUCUAACAUUACGGUGCCAAUAACAUGCUCUAAUUCUUUAAUACAUUUAAACUGAGAUAAAUUGAUAUUUGUGUUUCCUCUGCAUUAUUCAAAUUCAUGGGGUGAUGCUAAUGUCCCACUUUAACUGAGUUAUUCACAAAAGUAAGAAUUCAAGUGACGUGAAUUCAAAGUAAAUUUAAAAUGUAAGGCCAAAAUAGCCAAACUGGGAGCAUAGCCAAGCUCGAUAAAUUAUCUAACACCUAAUUCUCUUUGUCAGCUAUCCACGAUUUUUAAUUUAGUAAAUACUGAUACAUCAUAUCCUAAACAGGGUUAAUUAUUAAACUGUGUUUUGCUGGUAAAGCUAAGUGAAUUAAAAAUGUUGCACCAAAUUUGAAAAAAGUCAGUUAUAUUUUCCUUUUGACUAUUUUAGUUUAGUAAAUUACCUGACAAUACUUUACAUGCAGCAAUGCAUGUGAAUAAAAGCCUGAAGCAAAAGAAAGACAACUAGCAGUUGUGUAAUAAAACAGAGCAAAGGCUCCAUCACAGACACACAAUCUAGAGUCACACACUGAUAUAGGCACUAACAUUAGAUCAUUAUUGUAGUGAACUGAAAUCCAGAUUGCAAAGUUUAGGCAUACAUUUCUGACUUGGAAUAUUGUUUAAUUGUACUUUAUUUAUAGCCUAGCAAUUUUAGCCUAAAUAACUAAUUUCAGUUAGGUGCAUGGUGAAUAUACCACACAGAAUAACGUAAUGAUGUUAACAUGUAAACAUACCAAGCAAUACUAGGCAGGGUUAUUCACUAAAGUGAGAAUUGAGAUUAAAUUCAAAUUUAAUUUUAAAUUUAAGAUAAAAAUAGCUGUAAUGGAAUAAUUAUCUAAAUCACCUAUGCUUUCAGUACGACUACUUUAGCCUAAAAUUUGAAAUUCACUUUGAAUUCUCACUUUAGUGCAUUAGGCUAAUAGAUUUUUUUUUAUUUUUUUUAUGAAGAUCUAAUGUGGGUAUCUGAUAUCUGUGCAUAAUUUUUGCUUUUAGACUGAUGCUUUAGAUUUGCUCUUUAUAGAUAACCCCCAGUAAUAAAAAAUACAAAUAAAAAUACACAAUACUGAAGAAUACAGGUAGUUUAAACAUAGACAGUUAUGUUUAUUAUUUUACAACAUAUACAUAUACUAAUACAUACAAAAAUAAUCAGGAGGGGUAAGUGUUUACUUUUGAGGUAUUUUCUGACAAUCUAUGCAUCAAAGCCCUGCUAAUUGGCGGCAACUCUACUUACUAAAGUGUUUUACUAAAACAUAGAUUAAAAAUAACAUUACAAAAUAAUGUCACCAUUUUUGUUUAACCGAGUACAGCAAACAUAUGUUAAACUGUAAUUUAGCAAUUAUGGUGUUGGCAUAAAGGUUUUAGGAAAGUAACAAGGUUUUGAAUUAUUGUGAACAAAUCAAAGCAUAUUAUGAAGUUCUAAAUAUUUUAGAGCCGUCAUGAGAACAUAUAAUAAGUACACAUCUCAUAUUAUUAUUAUGACAUUUCUUUGAUAAAAUAUUACCAUGUUAUCUAGUAGGUUUGAUGGAAAAUGCUUUGUUUCUGUGCUGAACUGGAAAAUGCCCUUUCCAAUAACAUUUUUUAUCUAUUGGCAAAAAUAUAAAUCAUAGAGACAAAAAGUGGUGCAAAGAUGUUGAAGACAAGCUAUUCCCAUUUAAAGCAAUGCAAUUUUCUUGCGUAUUCACUUUUUAGCAUUGUGAUUGACCAUAGUUAUGUCAGGAACACUUUAAUAAAAACAAGAAAAAAAUCAUGCUACUGCCACUGAAUUAUUUUUUAUUGCACCUUAAAAUCUUACACAAUAAAAAAGUUUCCCCAAUGCUAAAAAGUAUUUUACACACAAGCACACACUCAUGCACACACGCAAAUACAAUACUACAAUGCAAUCUUUUAAACUUCUUUCUUUAGUGUUAGCAGCUACCACAGUGCUACAAAUGAAAUCAACAAAUUAUAUGCUAAUCCAUUUAUUUGUCUCUAAAUCUUCUUUAGAGAAUUUCCAAAUGGCAAAAUUUAAUGGACAUUCACAAAUUGUUGCCAGAUUUUGGCAUUCAUAGACCAUUUGCAUAUCAACAGAAAAGCCCCAACUGUGAGGCUUUGAUGUCAUCAAUUCAAAUGACAAUGAUGACAAUGAGAAUUUGCUCUUUUACCCCAAGGUUUGGGAUUGUAAGAAAAGAUUUGAGACUCAAGAUCCCACUCUGGGAAUUUCCAAGUAUACAGCAUAAAAUUCCUGACCUUAGAAUAAAAUAACUUUUAUUUCACCUACUAUACAUUUUCCUACUUCCCAGGUGAAAAUGGACAAACAAAUCCGUUUCUUACUGACUAAUUUUCUUUAUUUACUAUGAAAGUAAUGCACAUCUCAGAAGGUUUAUGAAUAAUAAUAUCAUAACAUUUUCUCAUAGCCUGACCUACAGCAGACAAAAAAAAAAAUCUAUAAUACAAAUACAUCUUAAAGAUCAACAGAACAUUCAUAUACACAGAGGCAACAAUAAAUAUAUUAUGGUUGUUCUGAGGACAUUUAUAUACUUAGAGGGAUUCCACAAGAAUAGGCGUUCAGUACCACUUAUAAACUGGGGGCCUACAUACAUUUUCCUCUCUUAUUUUAGACAAACAGGGUCUCCAUGAUGUCAUAUUAUUGAGAGGGACUUGACAAUGAAUUAUAGUAAAUUGCAAAAAAGUUGGUAAAAAAAAAAAGUGUUGAUAUGGAAACAUCUCCAUCUCUGUCACAGGUUGUCUGUUAACCUAUAUUUUUCAAUUUACUACGAUUUGGUGUUUAGUGAAUACCCCUCAGGGUUCAUGUAACAUAUGUGUUAGGUAGUCAGCAAUUAGCUCCUACUUUGUUCUUUCUUUCUUCCUUCACCAAGUGAGGUGUUAUAGUAUGAUAAUGGGACGUGUAAUCCUCUAGCACAGUCUAGUGUCUGAUCAGAUGGUCUCCUAAUACAAUGCUAUUCCCAACCCAUUGCAUUGCUUGAGUACAUAUAUCCCUCCAUCUGUUCCCAAGUUCAAGUCACUACUGUAAUGCCCUACCUGGUGUCUAAAUACCAUGUCUUCAGGAGACAAGGUGAGAGGCCUCUUCCUCCAUACAGCACAUAAUACAUUAUUAAUAUUAUCAUCAUCAUCAUAUUUUGUAGUGUCAUCCACUAUAAAUGCAGCCUUGGUUCCUUUGUAUUUUGCAUUUCCUGUUUUGGGGCAAACUACUGAUAGAAUAAUAAAAUAAUUUUGAAUUAUAUUCUUGGGUUGAGGAUUCAUUCGUAGUGAUUCAUGCUAAGUUUUCCCGUAAUACAUUAUUUCCUUUUUUUGUGCCAAAGUCACAGUUUGCCUAAUAAAUGAUUGACCUCACUUAUUUUAAAGAAUAUAAAUUGAGUUUGGGAACCCUUAGCCACAUGGCUUAUAGAUUGGGUUCUAUGCACUAGUAACAAGAGGAAUUAGCAUCCACAAUCUUGUAUUAGAUAAAUGGAGGCAAAGUACUAAGGGCUUAAUUAUACCAUGGCCUUACUGUAUAGGGGACUAGUUCCACUUUAUAUAUAAACUCAAGGACUAUGAAUGUUUUUUGUCCAUAGAUUCAUUGAUUUGAUUAUUAAGUAGAGUGUCACACAAAUUAUUUUUACUACUGACGCAUCAACUGAACUGCCUACACUUUAUUUUUAUAUCAUGGUGCAUUAAAUGUAUGCAAAACAUCUCAGCUGAAGAAAUCUUCACAGCUCGAAGCUAAAUGCCAAAUUAUACAAUUUUAUUAGACCAUAACCACUACACUUGACCAUUUUGUUAGACUGUCUUUGUAAAAUCAGUUAUGCUAAACUUUCAAAAGGAAAACUUUAAGCAGAAUACCCACUACAACUCAUUGUAGUGAUCUUCAAUGUCUAUUGGUGAGACACCUGUUUUUUAGUGGAGGCGCUUGGGAUGGUUUGAUAAAGGCCUUAGCUCUCCUUAGUACCUAUAACCUGACCCCUUAUCUGCCAUCUAUAUAAAAUAAAUUACUCCUUCAGACUAUUACUGUCACUUCCAUCCAACCAGGACAGAAGUUGAAAAGCACUGAUCUAACUCACUCACAGCAUUCUCCAGAUACCAAUAACAUUUUUUAAAAUGUUAUAAUUUAUUAGAAACGUGACUGGAGAGAUGGUAGACCAUAAAAAAUGAUUGGAAAUGGGGGAGGGGAGGGGCAGUACACAGAGAUUCCUUGUCAACAUAACCAUUACAUGUAGUUGUAGUGGUUAUCUUUGUUAGAGUAUCCUUUUUUUCUAUAUUUACAUUUUUGAGGAAACUUUAAAGACAAUGAAAAAUACAACAGUAAUUUAUUCAUCUAGCUGUUAUACAAACCUGUAAUAUAAGUAGUGGUUUCUCUAGUAACCACCAAAUAGCAUAACAUAUUACCCCACUACUGUUUUAAGGAUCCAUGAUUCCAAAUGAUGCCUUCCAAAUGCACUUUUAUGAUAGCAAGUUUUGCCUAUCACAGAGCAGUAACUAAAAACUUUCCAUAUUUUGUCCAGGACACUGUGAUCCCUUGGUAAGUCCUGGAAGACAACAUGUUUCUUAUACUUCUUGCGUGCCAGAGAUUUGUUCACAAAAUGGGUGCAAUUUUAAUACUAAAUUUUUAUCACAUUAACUAAAAUGUUGGCAUGUCUAUACAACUUUGUUUAAAACAUGUUACUGCAGACACUAAAGAACUAUGUAAAUUUAUGUUUUCAUUAAUAGUGUAUAUAUAAUUAAGCAUCACUCAAUACAGUGCAUUAAUCACUAUAUGUAAUUAAUAGAUUUAGAAACAUAUUUCAAAAUAUUAAAAGGGCACUCCUGGCUCCUGCACAUACUAUAAGUCUAAAGUGCAUGUUAGUAUUAGCUUACAUUUAGUUAUCCUGGUGGGUUUUUUGUUGUUUCAUUUUUCAAAUUUAAAAAUGUUAAGAAUGUUUCAACAAACGACUCAGAGAUACAAUUGCUGAGGUAAAGAAUAUAUGUGAACCAUUAGUACAGUUUUUGAACAUUGGCUAACAGAGAGUUCUAAGAAAUUAGUGCAUUUCAGUUUACCUAUUUAGCAUUCCCUCAUUCGUGAGCAUGGAAUGAGGCCUUUGCCAAUGUUGGUGGGGUUCUGGCUUUCUCAGUCGUGCCAUCCUAGUUUUGUUUUUUAAUAACAAUUUGUUUCUCUCCAUUAGUCCACUUUCCUGUCCCUCCAUCUCAACCUGCAGUUUUUCAAAUUUUGCUUAAAGUAUAAUGACGUAUGGGAUGCAAUAACGUUUAUUAAGAGUUGAAGUUUUUCUUGUAGCUUUAUAUAGCAGAAAGCUGACAAUUGUUAAGCUAUGACUUAGAGAAACCAUUGUUGGACCCAUAAAUCUUCCUGUUUAUGAGAUAAGCUCAGCAAGGUUCUAGAAAGUUAAAACAUAGUCAUAUGCAAAUAUCCCUAUAGAUAACAUGUCUACCUACACAUUAGUGCAUGGGGGGGAGAUAUAACUGUACUUACAUAAAGAUCUCCCUCAUCUCACUGUAGUGAAGACUCCAUUUUGCAGGAUGUCCACAAAUCAGCUUUCUCAUUGACUUCUAUUGUAUUGAAAUAUGUUGUCAGCACUUAGGAGAUAAUCCCCUUAAAAUAUAACAAGGAUACAAACAUAUAAAAUGUAUCCAAAACAACUGUACCAAUAAAAUACAGUAUCAAAACAUCAGAGUUCCAGACUGUAGCAAUAAAUAAAAUAUUAAACAUAAAAGAGAAACAGAUAAAAGUCCAAGAACUUGUAAGUAUGUAAGAUCCAAAUAUAGGGAAGUCCAAAAUAGAAUUGAGGGCACACCCUUGUACUGGAAUUACCUUGAAGCAAGAAAGACAGAAAAAAUAUAUAUAGUGUAAUUCUGUGAUUUUAAUGUCCCAGUACAAAAGAGAAUCCCUCCCCCCCAAAACAGGAACUCUUACACAAAUAAAAUGUGGUACUUAUCACUAAGGAUCACACAAUGAGCUUUAACGGCUGUAAAUCCUCUUCCAGUCCCAAGUAAAUCGUCCGGUCUUUUGGAGGAGACAGCGUCUGCCUCGUGCACUGAGGUGGGCUGUCCAAAAGAUAUAUUUUCCGCUCCGCUGUAAAUAAGUCAGGUUUGUAUCAGGAACUGGAUGGGCAGAAGUGUGCAGCCUCUGUGACUUUUCAACUCCGCGUCAACCAACCUCUUCUAUUGUAUGUUGCAAGAAAAGGCUUUCCUACUGUCCUUAUUUCUUUUUCUUGUGCAUAUCAAACAAUUGCAAGCACAACACAGGUUUUAAAAAAAAUAAUAUAUAUAUUUGUUAAUCAUAUAUGUGGCACAAAUACUGUCACAUCUAUGAAUUCAUAUGAGAUAAAUAGAUUUGAAGUAUAUUCCCACUGAUAUUUAAUUUUUUUUAGCACACCUAAGUGACUAGGAAUAGGAAAUUUUCAACCAUGACUUUCUGUUUUACCGGGGUGUAAAAAUUAUACAUAGGCCAAAUUUCUUUAGUUUUUCAUCACAAUGGGUAAGACCAAUGAAUAUAGCUGUUAUGUGUGGCACAAAAGGUUGUUGAACUUCACAAAAUAAGAAGUGAAUAUAAUAAAAUAGCAAAAGCAUUACAAAAAGGGCAAUUCUCAUGAUCAGGGGAAUAAUGAAGAAGUACCAGUCAACAGGAAAUGGUAUGAAUCAACCUUGAAGAGGACAUGUGUCUAUAUUGUCUCAACAGAAUGUGAAGAGUAUGGUUCGAGUGGGCAAGAAAUAUCGGGAGAAUUGCAGAAGUUAGUUGCAUCUUGAGGUUAGAAAGUCUACAAAGCUACAAUCCGAUCUCACCUACAUCACCACAAGUUGUUCGGAAAGGUUUCAAGAAAAAAGCCUCAACCAUGAAAAACAAUCUCAAGUGUCCUUAGUUUUCUAGACACUACCGGAACUUCAGAUGUGAUCGAUUCUAUGGUCAGAUGAAACAAAAUAGAACUUCUUGGCAAUAAACACUAAAGGCUGGUUUUGUGCGCUUAUAGAGGUAGCCAUAUUGAAAAGUUCCUCAUGCCCAUGGUUAGAAUUAAUAAAAUAGUGAGAGCACACAAUACAUGCAAAAAACUAUAUUACCAGUAUCGUCCUGGGUAAAUAGCUAGAACAUUAAAAAAAGGAGAAGGAAAAAAAAGAACAUAGGGUAAUAUUGUUUUAACUGUAUACAAUAACCAUAUAUAAUUGGUUACACUCACAUGCUUCUGAGUCACUUAUAUAAGCUGACUCAGACUAAGGGCUUUGGUUAGAGAUGAAACCUUUAAUGUUGGACACCUUGUAUUGAUAUGCAGAAUGAAAGUGAGUUAUCCCUGGCGAUCUCUGGAUGUCAAAUUCAAAAUAUUCCAGGAUACCGGAUCUCAUUAAAACUAUUUAUUUACUCAAGGUUCAAAAACAAUUAAAAAUCAAAUACAGGUAAAAUUAAGUCCAUCUAAAGUACCACAACGCGUUUCGGCAGGAAAGCCUUUCUCAAGUGGUAUUACAGGUCCAUCUCCGAAUUGCCCCUUUAUACUGUGUAGGAUUAGCGCUCAUUCCCGUGCUCUCCGUCUCUCUUUACUUCCGCUUUCGUCAUCAAGCGUCGACGGACAGGUCCCGCACGUCAUGACGUCAUCCUCGCAUUGUAUACCGGAAACACUAUCAAUGCCAUUUUUAGUCCUCUAAUUGUUCAUGUUUGCCAGUUCUCUCUGGCAUAAUCACAAAGGAAUACAAAUUCUCCACACAAGGUCAUCAACAGGGGAAAAUAGUAAACACAUAGAUCAAGGAGAAAUUAAAAACAUUAAUAUAUUGUUCAGCAGGAGGAAAUAGCCUUAACAACACCAUAUACACUACUAAAACAUAUCUAUAUUAAGGUUAAUAAAAAACAAGAUAAACACAUAAAUACACACAUUAAAAGUAUACCCUAUAAAAGUGAAAAUUUUAUAGAUAUGAAUUAACCUCAAAAUCUAUAUUAAGACCAUAUGGAGACAAAGUUUCCAUAUUAAAAAUCCAUUUCAUUUCGGUUUUAUUAAGGAGGUUUUCUAUAUUCCCUCCCCUCCAAUGAGUUUUAACAGAUUCUAUCCCCAUAAAAUCAAAACCUUGUAUGUUUCCUCCAUUCUAAAAAAUGUUUAGAUACAUUAUGUAGGGUAUAUUUUCUAUUAAUAUUAUAAAUAUGUUCUCUAAUUCGUAUUUUAAGUUGUCUCGAGGUUCUCCCAAUAUAUUGAUAUCCACAAGGGCAAAUAAUCAUAUAAAUUAUGUUUUUAGAAUUACAGGUUAUAAAAGAUUUUAUGUCAUAUAAUUUCUUAUUAUGAGAGGAAUAGAAUUUACUAACAUUUUUAUUUUUGUGGUUUCUUGACAUACAACCUUUACAGGUUCCACAAUAAUAAAAACCAUUAUCUCUUUUAAACAUAGUUAGAGAUUGUACAUUUUUAUCUUUUUCUAAAAAACUUGAGGUUAAAACUUGUUUAAAACUUUUUGCUCCUCUAAAAAUAAUUUUAGGUUUGGCUCCUAGAUAUUGUUGUAUUUCCUGAUCUUGUUCUAAAAUAUGCCAUUUUUUUCUAAUUAUUUUUUGUAGUUGCUUACUAUUUGAACUAUAAUUAAAAAUAAUAGGUAUAAUUGUGUUAUCCUCUUUUAAUCCUUUUUCUUCAUAUUCUAAAAUAUUCUCCCUAGUUUGCUGUCCAACUUCUUCUUUUAUCGUUUCUAAGGUAUUUUGAUUAUAUCCUUUUUCUACUAAUUGAUUUAUUAAAAUCUGUGUCUGUUCUUCAUAUUGUUGAGUGUCUGUGCAAUUACGUUUUACUCUUAAAAAUUGUCCUUUAGGUAUAUUGGUUAACCAUGGUCUAAAAUGACAACUUUUUAAAUUAAUGAAACUAUUUACAUCUACCAAUUUAAAAAAAGUUUUACUUUUGAUUUGAUUGUCUUCAAUAUAAAUAUUUAAAUCUGAAAAAUUGACACUUUGCAUACUCAUCUCAUAUGUUAAAUUAAUAUUCCAACUAUUUUGAUUAAGAUCAUUUAAAAAACUUAAAAGGGAAUCCUGGGUACCUCUCCAUAUUAUAAAAAUAUCAUCUAUAAAUCGUCUAUAGAGGACCAGACUUGCCCCAACCUCUGGCCUGGAAAAAACUUUUCGUUCCUCCCAAAAUGCCAUAAAGAGGUUUGCAUAACUUGGGGCAAAUCUGGUCCCCAUAGCUGUUCCCUUGGUCUGCAAAUAAAAAUUAUUCUCAAACCAAAAGAAAUUAUUAAAAAGAAUCAUUUGAAUACCCUCUAUAAUAAAAUCUAUCUGUCGAGGGUCCAGAUCAUUUUCUUUAUUUAAAAAGUGUCUAGCAGCCUCGCAACCUCUCUCAUGAUCUAUAAUGGUAUAGAGGCUGCUGACAUCACAGGUAACCAAAAUUAGUUCAUCUUCCCAUUUAAAAUUAUUUAAAAUUUGUAAAAGUGACAUCGUGUCUUUAAGAUAUGAGGGACAUUUUUAACAAGAUUCUGUAAAAAUUGAUCUAAAAACUGAGAUAGAGGAGAUAAAAGGGAACCAAUUCCUGAAAUUAUUGGUCUGCCUGGGGGUUUAUUUAUAUAUUUGUGUACUUUAGGCAGAACAUAUAAUACAGGAAUCUUAGGAAAUUUUACAUUAAGAAAAUCAUAUUCUUUUUUUAUUUAAUAUCUAUGCUUCAAAUCCCCGUUCUAAAUAUUUAUUUAAUUUCUUUUUUAUAUCUUCCAGAGGAUUUUUAGGUAGUAAUAAGUAAGUUUCUUGAUCUUUUAAUUGAUCAAAAAUUACUUUUAGAUAUUUUUCUCUUUGCCAUAUCACUACCCCCCCCCCCCCCAUCUGCUGGUUUAAUAACAAUAGUAGAAUCUUUUUUUAAAUCUUGUAGUGCUUUUCUUUCGGAUAUAGUCAAAUUCUUUUGUUGUUCUUUUGUACAAACUUUUUCAAAGAUUUUAAUAGCAUCUGAUUUAAGAUAGCUUGGGAAGAACGUAGACUUAUUUUUAAGAUUAGUAUGUUUAAAUUUUUCUUCUUUGUCUACAACCUUUUCUGGUGUCUUACUAUGAAGUUUCUGAUUAAAAAACUUUUUUAAGCACAUUUUGGUUACCUGUGAUGUCAGCAGCCUAUAUACCAUUAUAGAUCAUGAGAGAGGUUGCGAGGCUGCUAGACACUUUUUAAAUAAAGAAAAUGAUUUGGACCCUCGACAGAUAGAUUUUAUUAUAGAGGGUAUUCAAAUGAUUCUUUUUAAUAAUUUCUUUUGGUUUGAGAAUAAUUUUUAUUUGCAGACCAAGGGAACAGCUAUGGGGACCAGAUUUGCCCCAAGUUAUGCAAACCUCUUUAUGGCAUUUUGGAAGGAACGAAAAGUUUUUUCCAGGCCAGAGGUUGGGGCAAGUCUGGUCCUCUAUAGACGAUAUAUAGAUGAUAUUUUUAUAAUAUGGAGAGGUACCCAGGAUUCCCUUUUAAGUUUUUUAAAUGAUCUUAAUCAAAAUAGUUGGAAUAUUAAUUUAACAUUUGAGAUGAGUACGCAAAGUGUCAAUUUUUUAGAUUUAAAUAUUUAUAUUGAAGACAAUCAAAUCAAAAGUAAAACUUUUUUUAAAUUGGUAGAUGUAAAUAGUUUCAUUAAUUUAAAAAGUUGUCAUUUUAGACCAUGGUUAACCAAUAUACCUAAAGGACAAUUUUUAAGAGUAAAACGUAAUUGCACAGACACUCAACAAUAUGAAGAACAGACACAGAUUUUAAUAAAUCAAUUAGUAGAAAAAGGAUAUAAUCAAAAUACCUUAGAAACGAUAAAAGAAGAAGUUGGACAGCAAACAAGGGAGAAUAUUUUAGAAUAUAAAGAAAAAGGAUUAAAAGAGGAUAACACAAUUAUACCUAUUAUUUUUAAUUAUAGUUCAAAUAGUAAGCAACUACAAAAAAUAAUUAGAAAAAAUUGGCAUAUUUUAGAACAAGAUCAGGAAAUACAACAAUAUCUAGGAGCCAAACCUAAAAUUAUUUUUAGAGGAGCAAAAAGUUUUAAACAAGUUUUAACCUCAAGUUUUUUAGAAAAAGAUAAAAAUUUACAAUCUCUAGCUAUGUUUAAAAGAGAUAAUGGUUUUUAUUAUUGUGGAACCUGAAAAGGUUGUAUGUCAAGAAACCACAAAAAUAAAAAUGUUAGUAAAUUCUAUUCCUCUCAUAAUAAGAAAUUAUAUGACAUAAAAUCUUUUAUAACCUGUAAUUCUAAAAACAUAAUUUAUAUGAUUAUUUGCCCUUGUGGAUAUCAAUAUAUUGGAAGAACCUCGAGACAACUUAAAAUACGAAUUAGAGAACAUAUUUAUAAUAUUAAUAGAAAAUAUACCCUACAUAAUGUAUCUAAACAUUUUUUAGAAGUCCAUGGUGGAAACAUACAAGGUUUUGAUUUUAUGGGGAUAGAAUCUGUUAAAACUCAUUGGAGGGGAGGGAAUAUAGAAAACCUCCUUAAUAAAACCGAAAUGAAAUGGAUUUUUAAUAUGGAAACUUUGUCCCCAUAUGGUCUUAAUAUAGAUUUUGAGGUUAAUUCAUAUCUAUAAAAUUUUCACUUUUAUAGGGUAUACUUUUAAUGUGUGUAUUUAUGUGUUUAUCUUGUUUUUUAUUAACCUUAAUAUAGAUAUGUUUUAGUAGUGUAUAUGGUGUUGUUAAGGCUAUUUCCUCCUGCUGAACAAUAUAUUAAUGUUUUUAAUUUCUCCUUGAUCUAUGUGUUUACUAUUUUCCCCUGUUGAUGACCUUGUGUGGAGAAUUUGUAUUCCUUUGUGAUUAUGCCAGAGAGAACUGGCAAACAUGAACAAUUAGAGGACUAAAAAUGGCAUUGAUAGUGUUUCCGGUAUACAAUGCCAGGAUGACGUCAUGACGUGCGGGACACGUCCGUCGACGCUUGAUGACGAAAGCGGAAGUAAAGAGAGACGGAGAGCGCGGGAAUGAGUGCUAAUCCUACACAGUAUAAAGGGGCAAUUCGGAGAUGGACCUGUAAUACCACUUGAGAAAGGCUUUCCUGCCGAAACGCGUCGUGGUACUUUAGAUGGACUUAAUUUUACCUGUAUUUGAUUUUUAAUUGUUUUUGAACCUUGAGUAAAUAAAUGGUUUUAAUGAGAUCCGGUAUCCUGGAAUAUUUUGAAUUUGACAUCCAGAGAUCGCCAGGGAUAACUCACUUUCAUUCUGCAUAUCAAUACAAGGUGUCCAGCAUUAAAGGUUUCAUCUCUAACCAAAGCCCUUAGUCUGAGUCAGCUUAUAUAAGUGACUCAGAAGCAUGUGAGUGUAACCAAUUAUAUAUGGUUAUUGUAUACAGUUAAAACAAUAUUACCCUAUGUUCUUCUUUUUUUUUUUUUCUCCUUUUUUAAAUGUUCUAGCUAUUUACCCAGGACGAUACUGGUAAUAUAGUUUUUUGCAUGUAUUGUGUGCUCUCACUAUUUUAAUAUUUCUUAUGCACUUUGAUUCUGUGUGGUUGAGUGAUUCACACUUAGUGAUAGUAGCACCAUUUUUUACUGUUUUUCCCAUAUUUCUAAUAUCCCAUGGUUAGAAUGGUGAUGGCUCUUUUGAGGUUGUGUUUCUACCAGAGGAUCUUGGAUACAUUGCAUCAUAGACCAUUUAAAAUAACAGAGAUUAAAUGAACACCUGACUGCCUCUGCAGAAAGCUUAAAAUGUGCCGUGGUUGGAUCUUCCAACAGGACUAUGAUCCAAAACAUAUAUCAAAAUCAACACUAAAAUGGUUUACUGACCACAAAAUAAAGAUCCUGCCCUGGUCAUUCCAACCAUCUGACUUGAACCCCAUAGAAAAUCUGUGAAAUGACGAGGAGAGUCCACCAGCGUAAACCACAAAGUUUGAAGGAUCUGGAGAGAUUCUAUGCAGAAGAAUGGUCUCAGAUCCCUUGCCAUGUAUUCUCUAAUCUCAUAGGGCAUUAUAGGAGUGCCAGGAAUGCCAAUAUUAGUAAAGGGGCACUAUAUACCUUUUACAUAAAAUGUACUUAUUCAUAUAUCAAUAUAAUGCACUAAAAAAUAAUGGGUUAACUGUAGCCUGCAGUCUCAUUUAACCCAUUCACAUUGUUCCAUUAAAAAAAACAAAAAAACAAGCUCUAAUCUUGUGAUUUGUCAAAUACAGAUUUUUCUUAAUUUAACUGCUUGCUUUUUGAUUAAUGUUUAUAAUUCCAUUUUAAUGUUUAUAACUCUAUUCUAUUUUAAAUAUACAUUAUUGACAUUGUGUAAGAAGACUCAUAUGUCGGAAACUUGAGUGUCUCCUGACAUUUUACAUUUUUUUUAGAGUUUUCCAACACACUGUCCUAUACUAAGAUGUCAGACUCUUUUUAGCAAGGUUUGACAACUCAGUUGGAUCAUUCUCUCCAUCCAGUCUUCUCCAGGAGAGGAUCUCCAUGCAGGACUGUGCUUACUGGCUAAGAGCAUCAGCUGAGCACUGUCUGCCAAUGAGCAAUGUCCUGCAUCUGCUCUGCUUUCAUCUAUAGACAAAUCCAACUUCUCCUUUAGGAGAAGACCAUAUCUGACAUAAACCCAAGUAAGCUGCCAAACUGUGCUAUAACACAGCCAAGACAUUUCUUCGACAGGCUGUUGUGAUUAUAAUGAUUGGAGUGUUCUUUUAAAGAAAACUGCCAUUGAGUCAUUUGUUUUUAAAGUAAUGGAUAAAGAGAAGCCUAAUCAGGAGUCUUGUAUUGGUUUAAUAUAAAAAUGAAGACAUCUCAAUACAUUAGUAGUGAAAAAUCUUUGAUGUGAAACAGAGCAACAUCCACAGAGGUUUUUAUAGGUGCAGGUAUGUGUAAGGUAGUUUGUACUCUGUCCAUUAAAGCGGAUAUAUGUGCAAAUCUGCAUCCCUCUAUUAUACUGCUUCGUUAUGGUUUCAGUAUUUCAUUUUUUUAAAUCAGAGAAUCAAAAAUACGGUAAAUAGUUAAAAAUGUUUUAGUCACUGUGUAGUAUAUUUUAUAUUCCUUAAUAUAACAUUGUUACCAUAUGUGUUGGCCCCCUUUAGGUUAGGAAAGACUCACUUCCUGUUCACAGUUCACACUACCAAUAUCUUGAUGACAGAGUGGCAAGUGUUAUUAUUAUGGACAAGUGGUUACCCAGAGGAACUAAGAUCCAAGCAUUAUUUUAUUGUUCUUUGUACUGCAAUACAGUAACGUUUGUUUUUGAUUUGAGAUAAAAUCAGUGCUGUAACUGCACAAUUACAUUUGUAUACUUGUAUGCUGGUUUACGUAAGGAUUUUAUGUCCUUUUCAUUUUAGAAUCUAGAUGUUUGUGUUUAUCAUAAUAAUUGCAAACAUUUAUGUAAACUGGAGCAAUAUCCAAAAAUUAGUGCAGAGAAAGAUCAAGAUCCCACAGGGCCAAAGCCAGGUUACAGGUUUGAGCCUUCCUUUUAAUUCUCCACGCAAGAUUUGUGAAUAGAAACAACCAAAUUCAUGGUUCUGAGGACUCUGUCUAAACAUUGGGCCCUAUGCAGCAACCCAAAGUCACCUUGUGGUUAAAGUUCUACUCUAAACCCCAAAACAACUGAUAUGACACAGAUGUGAAAACCCAUUUCAGGUGUCCGGCCUCCUUUGUUCCCCAUGAAAAAGGUAUUUUACUCACCUUGAUCUAAGCCAAUCCAAUGCUUUUCUAUUGGAGGCUAGUGGGCAAGUAUGGCAAAAUACAUAGAAAUGCAUUGAAUCAGUGCAUCUCUAUGAGGAACGUUCAGUGUAUCCAUUUGGCUCACAUUGUGCAUCACUGGCCAUGGAAGCACCUCUAGUGGCCGUCAGUGGCCACUAGACGUUUUCCUAGGUAGCACUGUAAACACUGCCUUUUCUCUGAAAUUUAAACAACCACAGGAGGCUCCUGCAAGCUCUAGCAGGUUAUUAACAGAGCAGGAUUUAAGACAUUCUAAAUUACCUUGUAUUCAGUAUAUCUUAUGUCUCUUGAUGUAUUUCACAUUUACUCAGUGUCCUGUGUUCACAUAUAUGUUUAAUUGUUUGUGGAUUGAGAAUCUGUUUACCUCUUUUUAUCUUUUGCACCCUUUCCCAUUGUUAUUUGUUCCUUAAAAUUUUGAAAUUUUUUUCUAAAUUAAACAGACUGUGCAAUAAAGAAAGUUUAAAGGAACACUAUAGGGUCAGGAACACAAACAUGUAUUUAUUCCUGACCCUAUAGAGUUAAAACCACAAUCUAGCCCCCCUGGGCCCCUCAUGCCUCCAGAAAUAUAGCAAAAUCUUACUGUAUUCAAACCAUAAGCUGUAACUCUGCAUGCGGUUUGAGCACGACCUCGCCAAUAUUGCGAGCUUACCUGCUCGCUGGCGACCCGAGAACCGCUCCUCCGCGUCUUCUGGGUGUUGAGCCCAAAUCAAAGAUGGUGCUGACCACGUGGUCACACACCACAAGCUCCGCCCCUCAAAUUUAUACGGACGUGCGCAUGAUGCCACAACGUCAAUGCACAUGCACGUUCUGGGGUCAGAGCUCACUCUCUGACCAAUCAGAGCCCAUAGAGGGAUAUUUAAAUCCCUAGUUCACUCCAGUUCCUGGCCCUGUCGUGGUUUCCUGUUCCUGGUUCCCAAGAGUGCGUUUAUCUUUGUGAAUAUUACUUCCUGGUAUCCUGAUCUUGGCUUUUUCCUGGUUAUUCCGAAUUCUGAUUCCCCUGACUUGGCUUGUUUUAACGGUAUCUGAGUAUUUCUGGCUUCCUUGACCUCGGCUUUCCCUUUGACCAUUCUCUAUCUCUAGCGUAUUAGUCCGGCCAUUCUAAGGUCCGGUUUACGCUCUGUCAUUUUAUUUCCUUUCCUUUUCUAUGUAUAUGUUUACAUAGUUUCUGUGUGUUGGACCACACUAGCAACUGUGACAGCCUGAUCCAAUCACAAUGCUUCCACAUAGGAUUGGCUGAGACUGACAAGGAGGCAGAUCAGGGGCAGAGCCGCCAUGAUUCUAACACAGACCUGGCAAAUCAGCAUCUCCUCAUAGAGAUGAAUUGAAUCAAUGAAUCUCUAUGAGGAAAGUUCAGUGUCUGCAUGCAGAGGGAGGAGAUACUGAAUGUUUGGAUGCAUUUUAGGCAGCCAUGACCCAGGAAGGAUCUCUAACAGCCAUCUGAGGAGUGGCCAGUGACGUUAUCACUAGGCUGUAAUGUAAACACUGCAUUUUCUCUGAAAAGACGGUGUUUACAGCAAAAAAAGCCUGAAGGUAAUGAUUCUACUCACCAGAACAAAUUCAAUAAGCUGUAGUUGUUCUGGUGACUAUAGUGUCCCUUUAAAUCUUAUGCAGUCUAUUAAGGUGUCAUUCAGAUUGUGAAUCUGAGGCCAUUGGAUUGCAUUGAAGCUCUUUGAUUCUACAGGAAACAUUCAAUCAGAUUUUUAAACAUUGAGUUUGGUGUAAUUUCAAAAACUAUAAAACAUUUUUUGAAAACAGUUUAGCUUAGUCUGUGUGAUUUUAAGUAAUUCUUUAACUUCAUUUUAAAUUAAAAACUAUUCAGAGUUUGACAAAUGUUUGACAACAGUUGGAAGAAAAAGUCCAGGUGAACUCUAUUACCACGAUAAUACACGAUAAUGUUUUAUUUAUGUGAUACUAUGUAAUAAUUAUUAUUAUUAUUAUUUAAUUUCAUUAAGUGUAAAUGUAUUAUAUUGAAUUAUCAUAUAAUUAGAAUUAUUAUAAUUAUAAUCGUAUAAUAACAAUGUAAAAUUCUGGCAAAAUACUACCUAAUACAACAAUACAUGAAUGCAUGACUGUUCAUAGAAAAUAUGCUUAAAAAGGUAGUAUGUGAGAUUGAAUAUUAUAACAUAUCAUUACAAACCAAGAUGAUGAAUUGUCAUAAUCUCUCUAUUCCCAGGUAAUAGCAAUAGUAAUGGAUAUGUUCACAGAUGUGGAAAUUUUAUGUGAUCUUAUCGAAGCAGCCACCAAACGACGUGUCCCUGUCUACAUAUUACUGGACGAAAAAAACAUCAUAUAUUUUAUAGAAAUGUAUGAAAAGUUGGGCUUCAACAAAAUUCACAUCUCAGUAAGUUUCACCUUUAAAUCAAAUAUAAUUAUUGCAUGUUUUUCUGAUAUGCUGCCAAGUUUAAAACUGCUCUGAUAAUUUUUGCUUUUGAAAAAUAGUAUAGUAGUAUAUAGUUACUCACCAUUGUACAAACAAUGCUUCAUACAGCUAAAAUGAAUAGAUGAUACUUUAGAUCAAUACUUUGUAAAGGAAUAGUUUAACCCCAAAGUUGCAAAGAUGGCACACGUCCACUCUGCCCACUGGUUUCUGGCGAUUGUCCACCACUUAAAAUAGGAAGCCACGUACAGGACGACACUGAUAGACUAAAAGUGUCAGCUGACACUAUGGGCCUAUUGCUAGCACCUCAUUCACAAAACUAUGUACCUUUUAGUGUAGUCUCAGACCAUUGCAGGAAACCAAUGGGGCAGAGCAGAUGACCAAUCAGGACCUCCCAGUAUUAUAACAACAGAAUGCAGAAAGUUGUCAUUAGUGGUAAAUGUUCAAGCUGGACAAAAGUGGUAAGGCUUCUGUUCCAUAACCACUUCUAUUCAAUCUAUUUAUAAAUGCCCUUGAAAUAGACAUUGAAGGUCAUGUGUCAGUGUUUGCAGAUGUCAUAAAACUACAAUUUUGGGCCCAAAUUCCUCUGACCUUUUUUCUAUUCAAAUAUCCCUCUUUUCUAUAAGCUUUAUAUUGUUGGUAUGACUGAGUAUAUAACAGAGCUCCACAUCAAUAAUACUCACAGUGAUGCGUAUUUAAACUAUUAUAAAUGUGUUUAGAAAUCAGUCUUGUAAACAAAAUACAUUGUUCUUACUCUCAAUUACAUUUUAGGUGCAUAAGUUGUGUCACGGUAGCAGGGUCGCUUAGUGUCCCUUGGUGACCGCUUCUCUAAUCCUCUGAUAGUCCUGGAUACAGUUACAGCAUUCAGAAAUUAUAAAUGCAUUUUGUAACUUGUAGCAUUUACCUAAACUAACAUAGUGGACGAGAUCAGUCGUGUUAGGUAAAACAAGUGAACGGUUUAUUUCAGAGAAAACUACAUGCAUUUAUCCAUCUACACACAUCAGGAGUCUUCAGCCAGAACAAUACAAACCACUCCCUGGUGUCUGGUGCUGAGGGAUUGCCUCCGAAGCAGAGCCAUCUCUCUGAUGCUCUGCACAGGAACUCUACCUAAGAUAAGGAUGCUGCACAAUCACUAGCUUGAUCCAUAUCCACGGUUAUACUACCAGUGGCUUCAGCUAGGCUUUUGGCAAGUUACAUAGAAACAUAGAACCAUUCGGCCCAUUUAGUCUGCCCAAUUUUCUAAAUACUUUCAUUAGUCUCUGGAUUUAUCUUAUAGCUAGGAUAGCCUUAUGCAUAUCCCACGCAUGCUUAAAAUCCUUCACUGUGUUAACCUAUGCAACUUCAGCUGGAAGGCUAUUCCAUGCAUCCACUAUCCUCUCAGUAAAGUAAUGCUUCCUGAUAUUAUAUUUAAACCUUUGCCCCUCUAAUUUAAGACUAUGUCCUCUUGUUGUGGUAGUUUGUCUUCUUUGAAAUAUAGUCUCCUCUUUUACUGUGUUCAUUCCCUUUAUGUAUUCAAAUGUUUCUAUCAUUUCCCCCCGUCUCGUCUUUCCUCAAAGCUAUACGUUUAGAUAAUUUAACCUUUCCUUGUAAAAGUUCUUUGACUCGCUCUUUCUCCACCUCAGGUGAUGGGUUUGGGCCAUAGAAAGCCAGGCGUUUUCUUACUCUCUGUGAGAGCACAUCCUCUCCUGUCUGUGCUGAGAACGGUGAUUCGCUGGGAGGGCUGGCUAGACUUUCCUGGUCCAAAUCUACCAGUGAGCGAGUAGCUCCCGUAGGACUAGGAUGGUCAGGUACCUAUAGUUGUCUGCCAUCCUUGUUGCUCUCCUUUCUGCUAAACAUCCGUUUGGACUGCUUUUCACGGAGGAUCACAGUUCUUGACACCAGUGCCACAGGAAGCAGGGCCUCUUAGUGUCCCUUGGUCACUGCUUCUCUAAUCCUCCGCUAGUCCUGGAUACAGUUACCGCAUACAGAGAUUAUAGCUACAGGAGACAGUAAUUUUAGUAACUACUCUCUACACACUAAAUGGUAGUGAGUUAGGGAAAGCAAAACAUGAGAAGGAUUAGGGAAUAGUAAUAAAGAACAAACUAGGCAACAAUGUUUAAAGUCAGUCAGCAGUUUCUAAGGCCAGUAAGGUAUUGCCAUGCAUAAAAAGAGGCAUUUGUUCUUGGGACAAAAAAUAUUUAAAUUUGCCUUUUCAUAUAUCAAUUUUAAGUUCACACCUUGAAUAUGCUGUGCAAUUUUCGGCAUCUAUUCUAAAGAAUGAAACUAUGGCAUGAGCAGGGCCGGUGCAAGGAUUUUUGCCACUCUAGGCAAACAAAAAGUUGCCGCCCCCCAUAUGCCCUGCCCACCAUGUGACAUCACAAUGCCCCACCCAUAUGAUCUGCUAUAUGAGUCAACGCCAGUGCUGCACAUAGUGUAUUUUCUCUGAAAAGGCAGUGUGCUUACAUUAAAAAGCCUGCAGGGACAGGCUAUAGACACCAGAACCACUACAUUAAGCUGUAGUGGUUCUGGUGACUAUAGUGUCCCUUUAAUAUGAGGUAAAUUAGAGAUUAGUGUCACUAAUAAUAUACUGGAUUGCCUACUUACCACCAGAUGAGGACAAGAGGAUGAUGAUGGGCUCAGGCUGCAGUCUGGCUCCACUUGUCUGGUGUUAAAACAGGCUCACAAAAAUCAACGAACAGGAAGCAGCUCCAUUUUUUUGGGCCCCUUACACAGAUCAUGGUCUGGGCCCCCAGGGCCUGACUGUGAGUAUGCCUACAAGGCUCGCCCAUAAGCCUUAUGCCUACAAGGCCCACCCAUGAGUUCGCUUACAGGGAGUGGAAUGUAUGUGUGUAGGGGAUGUGUUAUUGUAGAGGAUGUAAUGUGUGUGUGUUCUUUUGGAAUGUAGUGUAUAGGGAUACCAGUUUGUGUAAGGGAUGUAGUGUGUGUGUGUGUGUAUAGGGGAUGCAGUGUGUAUGUGUGAGUGUGUAAGGGAUGCAUUGUGUGAAUCUGUGUUUGUAUGUGUAAGGGAUGCAAGGUGUGUUUCUGUGUAUGUAAUGUAAUGCAGUGUGUGUGUCUGUAAUGGGUGCAUAGAGUGUGUGUAAGAGAUGCAUUAAGAGAAGCAGAGUGUGUGUGUAAGGGAUGCACUGCGUACUUCUGUGUAUGUGUGCAAGGGCUGCAUUGUGUGUGUGUAAUGGAUGCAUUGUGUGUUUAUGUGUGUGUGUAAGGGAAGCAUGGUGUGUUUCUGUGAAGGAUGCAUUGUAUGUUUUGGUGUGUCUGUAUGUGAGUAGGGAUGCAUUCUGUGCAUGUGUGUGUAGGCAUGCAUUGGGUGUUUCUGUGUAUGUGUAAUGAUGCAUUGUGUGUGUGUAGUGUGAAAGAGAGGGUUUAUGGGGUAGGAUAGGGGCUGAGAGGGGAGCAGCUCUUUAAUUUUAUUAUUAUUUAUUUUGUUGUUAAAAAAAAGUUUGGUAUAUUGUUUCUUUACGUUUUGUGUCUUAUGCCCCCCUUUACUGUAUCUUUUACAAGCCCAGUGUCUGUCUCUUAUCCCCCCUCUUUGUAUGUCUCCUAAAUCCUCCCAAGCCUCUUUGUGUCUUACUCUUACCAGCUCCUUGGUGUGUCUCUUUCCCCCCCAGGCCCCUCUGUGUGUCUCCCUCACAAGCAACUCUGUGUGUGUCUCUCCUGAGCCCCUCUGUGUGUCUCUGUCUCCCCUACUAGCCCUUCUGUGCUUCUUUUUCAGCCCUUCCUCAGCCUCUCUGUGUGUCUCACACUUCCCUGUCCCUUAGAGGUCUCCCCUCCUGUCCCUCAGUAUUGUCACCUUCCCUCCUGCCCCUUAGUGCUCUCCCCUCCCCUCCUGCCCCUUAGUGCUCUCCCCUCGUCCCUUAGUGAUCUCCCCUGCCCUCCCUGUCCCUUAGUGCUCUCCACUGCCCUCCUGUCCCUUAGUGAUCUCCUCUCCCCUGCUCCCCCUGACCCUAAGUGCUCUCCCCUGCCCCCCCAUCUUUAUCUUAGUGGUCUCUCCUCCCCCCACCAUCUCUCCCUUAGUGGUCUCUCCCCAUCCUUUCCUUACAGUUCUCCCCCCUCAUCUUUCUCUUAGUGGUCUCUCCUCCCCCCCACCACCUUUCUCAUAGUGGUCUCUCCUCCCCCAUAUUUCCUUAGUGGUCUCUCCUCCCUCCCCUUAUUUCCCUUAGUGGUCUCUCCUUCCUCCCAUCUUUUCCUUAGUGGUCUCGCCUCCCCACCACCAUCUUUCCCUUGGUGGUCUCUCCCCAUCUUUUCCUUAGUAGUCUCUCCCCUCCCAUCUUUUCUUAGUGGUCUCGCCCUCCUCAUCUUUCCCUUAGUGGUCUCUUCUCCCUCCCUCCAUCUUUCCCUUAGUGGUCUCUCCCCCCUCUCACCUUUCCCUUAGUGGUCUCUACACUUCCCCCUUAGUGCUGUCCCCCCUCCCUUCCCUUGCGUCAGCCCUGGGCACUAGAAAAAAUGCAGAGGCUACAAAAUAAUAAGGGAAAUGGAAGAUUUUAGUUAUCCGGGAAGGCUAACAAAUGUAAAUCAGUUGUUUUGAAAAACUGCACCUCAGAGAGAUAUAAUAACAAUAUUAUACAAAUAUAUUCAAGGCAAUAGAAACCAUUGAAUGGAAAUCUAUUCAGAAAGAGGAUUAUGCAUAGAAAAACAAGAUCACAAAAUGUGAAAAAAAAAAAAAAGGCCGCGGGUGGCGAAUGAGCUCAGCUCCCUCGCGCACACAGCAGUGAUGCCGAAGCCGGAAUAUGACGUCACUCCGGUUCCGGCAUCACUAGAAGGCGCGUGAGGGAGCUGAGCAGGGAGAUCACAGCUCACUGCUCCCUCGCCACCUGCAUGCACCGCUCACCUGUGUGCCAGACCUCCCGACCGCCAAGCUGGAGCCAGCCCCACUGGACCACAGGGACUUCAUGCCAGCAGCCCCACUGGACCCCAGGGACUCUAUGCCAGCUCUCCUAAACGUAGGGGGGCUGGGUGGAGUAAAAUGUAAAAAAUAAAAAAUUGUAUGUGUGUCUGUUAGAGAGUUUAUAUGUGUUUGUGUGUUUGUCAGUGAGAGUGUAUGUAUGCAUGUCAAAGAGCGAGUGUGUCUGUCAAAGAGUGUGUGUGUCAGUGUGUGUAUCUGUGUCAAAGUUUGUGUAUGUGUCACUGUGUGCAUCUAAGUGUGUGUGCGUAUGUGCCAGUAUGUAUCAGUGUGUUUAUAUGUGCCUGUGUGUGUGUAUCUGAGUGUGCCAGUGUGUAUCUGUGUGUCAGAUUCAUACACACUGGCACAUACAAACCCAAAUACACACACCUUGACACACAGAUACACACACCACACACACAGAUACACACUGUGUGUAUCUGUGUCAGUGUGUGUAUCUGUGUGCCACUAUCUGCCAGUGUCUGUAUCUGUGUGUCAGAUUCAUACACACUGGCACAUAUAAACACACACCUUGACACACAGAUACACACCACACACACACAGAUACACACUGUGUGCCAAGGUGUGUGUAUCGGGCAAUGUGUGCAUCUGUGUGCCACUAUCUGCCAGUGUGUGUAUCUAUUUGUCAGAUUCAUACAACUGGCACAUACAAGCACGGGGGGUGGGGAUAUUUCACGAUGUUGAUACACUAUGUCAAAGUGUUAGUUGGGAAACCCUGUACUAGAGCAUUGAAUGGAAGAAUUAGAUUCUGUCCCCCAUCUCCCCUAAAAUAAAAAAUGUCUGACAAACGUUUGACAACCAAGAGGGUACAAACCAGAAGCUUUAUAAAAAUUUACCUUAAAAUCGUCACUUUUAUACAGUAAGACAAGGGGAACACUCUGUUAACCCCCAAAGUGUUUCAGCAAUCUGAAGUGAUUUAGCUGUUUGUAUAUUUAAAAUAAUUUUCCAUCAAGUACAACAGGUACUCUUUCCCCAGUCAUUCUGCUCUUACCUAAAUUUUUGAAAAUUUUAACCAUAAGGGACAAUACAUUAUUCAAUGAGUUGUGCCACGUAGAUGGCAGACUUGCAAAAUGUAGAUCAAAUUAGACAAUGUGUAAACAUUUUUUUUAUCCAACUCAACUAUUGUUUACUGAUUUUAUUGGCCAUUUUAUAUUUUUCUCAAAAAAGGCUCUGGAGUAUGUGUAUCUUUUACUAUUCAGAUUGUAUUCUUUGCAUAUAGCUCUUUCUUCUUCUUAAUACUUUUUCCUCUCUUUGAGUAAUGAACAUACAGCACUUUUGUUUUAUAUACUGUUCAGCGUCAGAAGGGUGUGGUGUUUUUGGCUUCAUUGUAAAUAUCUACUUGUCAAUUAGUAUUAGCUCUGCCUAAUUAAUUUAUAUUCUAUAACGGACAUUAAUUAAAGUACUUACUGGGGUGGGCAUAAUCCAGUACUUAAAUGAUAAAAUAAAAUAUGGAAUUGUCACCUGAAUUGAAAGUAAAAUGAAUCAUUACAUUAAAACUAUUUCAAUAUGUAAUGUAUUUAGGCUACCAGGUUUCCUUAGUGAGCACUUAUGUUUUCUCUUCGAUUAUGGGUUUUUUCUUCAGGAGAAGUUGGAUGGCUCUUUUCAGGGUAAGCAUGGCCGACAAAGGACCAUGCUCAUAGCCCGAUAGUCUUCGGCUAAUGCUCUCAGCCAUUGAGCAUGGUUGUGCGUCGCCCUGCUUUGCUCAGUGGAGCAAACAGAAUUCUCCUGCAAUGAGAAUCUGAAAUCAGCGGCUGGAGGAGUGGGCUAAAAUUGUUAGACAAACGACACUGGGAUGGUGCCAUUACAGUGCUUAGAAUGUUUCUCUAAUGAGAUUGCUUAAAGGACCACUAUAGUGCCAGGAAAACAUGCCCCCACCCUUAGGGACCCCCUCCCGCCCGGCUCUGGAAAGGGGAAAGGGAUUAAAACUUACCUUUCUCCAGCACCGGGCGGGGAGCUCUCCUCCUCCGAUCCUCCUCCUCUCCGCCCAUUCGGCUGAAUGCGCACGCGCGGCAAGAGCUGCGCGCGCAUUCAGCAGGUCACAUAGGAAAGCAUUUACAAUGCUUUCCUAUGGACGCUUGCGUGCUCUCACUGUGAUUUUCACAGUGAGAAUCACGCAAGCGCCUCUAGCGGCUGUCAAUGAGACAGCCACUAGAGGAGAAGGCUUAACCCAUUCAUAAACAUAGCAGUUUCUCUGAAACUGCUAUGUUUAUAAAAAAAAUGGGUUAACCCUAGCUGGACCUGGCACCCAGACCACUUCAUUAAGCUGAAGUGGUCUGGGUGCCUAGAGUGGUCCUUUAAGGUCUAGGUUAAGCUUUCUGAUAACACAAGUUGACAAAACUCCAUUGUUCCAUCUUUCACAGUGUUUUGUGAGAAUUAGCAGAAUUUAACAUUCUGAUAAGCAUGUAGAGCAGAAUGUAUGAAAAAUUAUUUCAAUAUUUAGAGAUAUUGUUCCAAGUAAAAUUAGUUUCUUACAGUGAUACCGAUUUAUUAUUUUUUAUAUGCUAAAUGGUGACUUGAUUAGGUUUACCUGCUUGUUAAAACAAACAGUCAACCAGUAUAUCAACUUUUGUAAAUCAACAUUUAAAGCAUGUAAACAUGGUCAAGAGUUGCAAUUAUUUUUCAGUCAAUUAUUCGGCCAGAUCUUUGACUGUGUUUUGAUUGUUGGUGUCACAUGUGUCCCCUCAAAACACUGCUGACAAACAAAUGUAUGCUGAAGGGCUUCUGUCAACGAAGUAUGCAUGUAAACUUCAUCCAGCUGUAUGGCCACAUUGCGUUCCAGGUACUGUCAGCUAAGAAUUGGGAAGAUGAAACUUAUUAAGGGCACAUGGUCACACAAACCAGGACACCUUAUGUUGGGAAAGAGUCAACUUAGUCUCACAAACCAGAAUUAUGUGGUGAUUUGCAGACAAAAGUGUAAUGGUUUGCAGCAGGAUUCAUGGAAGAGCUCCUGUCGGUGAGAAACAUGCAAAGAGGAAGAAUCCAUAAGGGGUUAACAAACUUUUUAUCAUAAACAAACAAGAAAUAUUCAGCAAUACAGCAACUGAGUCUAAACAGUAAAUAAAGCGAUAUCAGGAGAACAGUUUGAUCCAGAUCAUAAACAAAGCAGAUUACCAUAAUAAUUCAGGAGACAUUGUAUGGAUGCUAAAAGAGAAUGAUUUGAAUAUCAAGGCCUAUGAAUUCCUGGCAGUAUUCCACUUGGAAUGACCAUGAUGUAUCUUCCAAACUUCUUCUUGGCCUGAAGGACAGGGAGGUUCACAUAAUAUUGUAAACUGUGUGCAUCCAAACAUCUAGUCCAGUCUUACGUCCGUGGUACAGAACGGUGGUCAUAAUGCAAAUAAGGCCAUACUUUGUUCCUAAUAAAGUGGUCCCAUGUCAGACGUGUACAUAUUUUGAAUGGAAAUUUGUUUUGGUUUUUAUACUUUGAAAAUUACAAACUUUUAUUUCAAAUAUUUUCCAAUAUUUUCCAAAAUAAAAUUUUCACCUUAGAUUUUCUUUCUUUAUAAUGUGUAUGUAGUUCUUGUUCAAGUAUGUAUAGAAGCUAAUAGCCUUCCUCUACUCAAUUACCUUAGACAUCAGGCCACAGCCAUUAAAAAAAAAAAAUUGUUCCAGUUCUAAAGCCAACACAAGUCAAGGUGUUUCUUUAGAGAUUCAGAUAAAUUGAAAUAGGUCUAUUUUAAGCAUUCAUCUAACCACACCUAUGUUAUACACUCUACAGAUCCUGCCAGGCUAGCUACUCAUAUUAUGCACAAUCAGUGCUUCUGAAUAAUACGGAGAUACACUGAAUUGUGAUGUAUAAACAUUCAGGCAGUUUCUUUUAUUAUGUUAAAGCAAUAUGCUAUUGUCCUGUAAAAAUAAAAGUUUUGCGGGAGCAGAGGCAAAAAUCUACAGUAGGGAGUAAGUGCAUGGUCAUUUCUUCAAGCUGAAAAAAAUUCUCUUGAGGUAUACCUGCCCAAGAAGUGUUGGCACACUUUCUAUUUUAUAUAUAGAAUUUUAAAACUCAAGAUCUAACUGCAGAGUCCAGCCAUGAUUUGGGACUACUUUGUCUUCGUAUUUCUCCUACACCUGACACUUCUAAACACUGGGCGGAGCUACCACCAUCUACAAGUGUCAAUUGCACCAACUUUUGUGGGAUCCUCAAUAGACCUCAAUGCUGUAAGAGUACAGUAGUGAUGUUGGCUCCUGACCAGCCUGAAGAUGAUGACGGGGGCCGCGAGGGACAAAUUCAGGUAACUAAAACUCACCUUUGCAAUCCCCUCCUGUCCACCAGACUCCCAGUGCUGAUGUCAUCAGCAUGGCAAUUGCUACACCCUGUUAAUCCACCGUUUCCUAUAAAGAAGCAUUGAAUCCUAAAUUGCUCUUUGAGAAGCAUUAACAGUGUUUGGCGCAGCAUGAUUACACAACAGGUUCUGUGUGUUUACCUACUGCAUAUGUAUCUUCUGGUCACUGCCACAUCUUAUAUAAUUGGGUACUAUUGGAUAAAGUGUAAUAUUUCUGUAAUUUUCUAAUUGUUUUAAAUAUGGAAGGAAAAAUUACAAAAAAAAAAUUCCUAUCUACUAGUUGUCAAUGGACUAUGAAUGAUCAUUGACAUAUGUUGUGAAAUCUAUGACUGGCCAUGCUGCGAGUUUUAUGGACUUUAACAAAGGAAUGGUCCACAGCUAAUCUUGAACAUAGAAACAUAGAAUGUGACAGCAGAUAAGAACCAUUCGGUCCAUCUUGUUCUGCCCAAUUUUUUUAAUACUUUCAUUAGUCCCUGGCCUUAUCUUAUAGUUAGGAUAGACUUAUGCAUAUCCCACGCAUGCUUAAACUCCUUUACUGUGUUAACCUCUACCACUUCAGCUGGAAGGUUAUUCCAUGCAUCCACUGCCCUCUCAGUAAAAUAAUACUUCCUGAUAUUAUUUUUAAACUUUUGCCCCUCUAAUUUAAGACUAUGU